AUGGCCCAUCGUCUGCAGAAACAGGCAACUUGUUCCAUUUGUUUGGAAAUAUUUUCCAAUCCCCUUUCUACCGUCUGCGGACACACAUUUUGCUCUGCUUGUUGGAAUAAAUGUGAGGCUAAUGAGGACGGUGCAGUACCCUGCCCCUUCUGUAGAACAUUCAAUAGGGGACCAGCAGUAGAGGAAAGGCAAAUUACAAUGUUAACGGUUCUCGUCAAACAACAUUGUCCCUUUCUGGAGAGAAAAUUGCACAUCAAGAGAAGUGAACUCCCAAGUUCCCCAGAGGACCUGAAGCUGGAUGCAGCUUCCGCCAACUCCCUUCUUGUCCUUUCUGAUGACCUAAAAAGUGUCCGGUGUGGGAAGAUCCGUCAAACAGGGAUGAAAAAUCCCCAGAGGUUUACCCGCUUGCCCUGCGUCCUGGGUGCAGCAUCUUUUUCUACUGGCUGCCAUUACUGGGAGGUAGAAGUCGGACAGGGGAAGGGGUGGUCCCUGGGGGUGUGCGUGGGUUCAGUAAACAGAAACAGAAAGACACUUUCUUCAGAGUGUGGCUUCUGGAUCAUCACCAAGAAUGAAGAAACCUACACCAGUUCUAACCGAGACAUCAGUGUUUCUGCAAGUCCUGACUUAAUCCAUGUUGGGAUUUUUCUAGAUGUUGAAAUGGAAGAAAUCAGCUUUUUUGAUGUCAGGAGUAAUAUCCUUAUCUGUUCAUUCAGUCAGGUCUCCUGUUCAGAGCCAUUGCGUCCAUUCUUCUGUCCUGAGAUGCCUGGAGAAGGAAGCGAUCUGGGUGCUCCUUUGACCAUCUGUCCAAGAGAAGUUGAGGCUUUACCUUGA